AUGCCCAUUGUCGAGUUCCUGCUGGAGAAUGGAGCGGUUGUUGAGACAGCAAACCACGCGGGCUGGACGGCACUGCAUUGCGCUUCACAACGGGGUCAGGUCGAAACAGUGGAGCUGCUGCUGAAGCGUGGGGCGAAUGCGAACAGACAGGGACCAAAUGGCGCCACGCCUCUGGUGAUCGCGAGUGCCCAAGGAUAUCUAGCUGUGGCUCAGAAGUUGCUGGAGGGCGGCGCGGGCAUCGAUUUCACUGAU